UGCAUGGCUGAUGGAAGAAUUAUAAAUAUGUAUAUAUAAUCAAAAGGUUUACAAGUGUGGUUUCCAAGUGGCCUGGUUCAACUCAUGAUUCGUUCAUGCUACAAAACAGCAAGAUUGGGCAGUAUAUGGAGACUGCUGGGAAUGACGGAUGGCUGCUAGGCGAUUCAGGAUAUGCAUGUCGCCCAUGGCUGCUUACGCCAAUAGUUAACCCUACAACACCGUCUGAGGAAUGUUACAACACUGCACACUGCAGAACACGCAACACUGUGGAGAGGGCCUUUGGACUCCUUAAAUCCAGGUUCAGGUGCCUACAUAAAUCAGGUGGCUGCCUGCCGUUCACCCCCCCAAAAUGCCAUCAAGUUGUGUAUGCAACCUGUCAGCUGCAUAACUUCUGCAUCAGCCUAAGAUUGCCAGCUCCUCCUACACAAGAAGACCUGAUCCAAGAAGAUGGGAUAGCUUACCUGGGACCUCUCAAUGACGGCCUCAAAGUCCGACAAGCUGUCGUCAAUAACUGUUUCUCUAAAUGAUUGUAUGAUUAAGAUA